CAACAACAUCCAGUCGUCUAGGUAGAUACGUCACAGCUGUGUUUUCUAUUGUCCAUAUAACAUGCUGCUAACAGGAGAGCUACCUUGUUCCUUGUAGUAAAUACGAACUACAAAUGGACCGCAGUCUGAAGCGCCGGCAGGUGAAGCCCCUUGCUGCCUCUCUCUUGGAUGCCUUGGAUUAUGACAGCUCAGAUGACAGUGACUUUGAAGUGGGAGAUGCCUCAGGAUCAGAGGGCACAGGCAACGGCAGUGAUGAGGAAGGGUCCAAAGCGAGCGCUGCCGGCUCAGAGAGCGACUCGGACAACGCUGGUUCUGCAGACGACGGCAUAGAUGAAGAGGAGGCCAAAGACCUGGCUGCCGAGGACAAUUUAACGGAAGAUGAAGAGAAGACCAAACAGCAGCCUUCCUCAGACAGCUCCACCAAAGACAGCCUCGCCGCCACCCCACCCAAAGGCCGACGCAAGAGCAAGAAGGCGCCUGAGGCCGAGCCUGAGCCGGCCGCAGGCGCCGGCACUGAAUCCAACUCAACGCCAGGCACCGGCAGCACUAACACGGAAGAGUCUCAGGCCGAGCCCAAGAAAUGGAAUUUCCGCAGGAACCGCCCCCUGCUGGACUUCACCACUAUGGAAGAACUGAACGAGAUGGACGACUACGACAGCGAGGACGAUAACGACUGGAGACCCACAGCGGGGAAGAAGAAAGGCAAAGCAGCCGCUCAAAAAGGAGGAGCGGAGGAAGAGGAGGGCGGCAGUGGCAGCGCUAGUGACGACGACGAUGAUAACGACGAUGACGAUGAGGACGACGACGACGACGACGACGACGAUGAUGAUGACGACAAUGCCAAGGAGGAUGGUGAUGACAACAACAGCAGCACCAACAACAACAACAACAACAACAACAGUAGCAGUGACAGUGACAAAGAAGUGAAGAAGCCCAAGAAGAAGGCAAAGAACACCAACGCUUUUGAUGAAGAGCUGACUAAUGACAGCAUGUCCCAGGGAAAGGGCAAUGAGGAUGCCUUGCUGGACCGAUCCCAAACCUGGAGCACUCAGCACAUCCUCAUCUGCUGCGUCUGUCUGGGAGACAACAGCGAGGAUGCAGAUGAGAUCAUCCAGUGUGACAACUGUGGGGUGACCGUGCACGAAGGGUGUUACGGCGUGGACGGCGAAAGCGACUCAAUCAUGAGCUCUGCCUCAGAGAAUUCGACAGAGCCUUGGUUCUGUGACGCCUGUAAGAACGGAGUGACUCCCAGCUGUGAGCUGUGCCCCAACCAGGAUGGCAUCUUCAAAGAGACAGACGCCGGGAGAUGGGUGCAUGUGGUGUGUGCACUUUACGUUCCCGGUGUUGCAUUUGGAGACAUCGAUAAACUGCGACCAGUGACGCUCACAGAGAUGAAUUAUACAAAAUACGGGGCCAAGGAGUGCAGUUUCUGUGAGGACGCCCGUUUUGCCAGGACAGGUGUGUGCAUCAGCUGUGAUGCAGGAAUGUGUCGCUCCUAUUUCCAUGUCACCUGUGCACAGAGGGAGGGGCUCCUGUCGGAGGCUGCAGCAGAGGAGGAUAUUGCUGAUCCAUUUUUUGCGUACUGCAAACAGCAUGCAGACCGUUUUGACAGGAAGUGGAAAAGGAAGAAUUAUCUGGCCCUCCAGUCCUACUGUAAAGUCUCUGUGCAGGAGAGAGAGAAACAGCUUACUCCUGAAGCUCAGGCCCGAAUCACUACCCGCCUGCAGCAGUACAGGGCCAAAGCAGAGCUGUCCAGGAACACUCGGCCUCAGGCGUGGGUGCCCCGGGAGAAGCUGCCACGACCUCUGACCUCCAGUGCCUCAGCCAUCAGGAAGCUGAUGAGGAAGGCGGAGCUGAUGGGCAUCAGCACCGACAUUUUCCCCGUGGACACGUCUGACGCCAACGCCAGCUUGGACGGACGCAGGAAGCACAAGCAGCCCGCCCUCACAGCAGACUUUGUCAACUACUACCUGGAGCGGAACAUGCGAAUGAUCCAGAUCCAGGACAACAUCUCUGAACAGAAGAACUUAAAAGACAAGCUGGAGAGUGAGCAAGAAAAACUGCACGUGGAGUACAACAAGCUCUGUGAGUCCCUGGAGGAGCUGCUGAAUGUGAAUGGAGAGCUGCGGAGUGAAGGCCAGGCCAUGUGGACUCUGCUGGGGGGCAUCCUGGGCCAGAAACUAAACACCCCAGCUGUUCUGAAAGCCCCAAAAGAGAGGAAGCCCAGCAAGAAGGAGGGAGGAACCCCAGGGAAGUCAUCCAGCCUGCCAGCAAUCCUCUACAGUUGUGGCAUCUGUAAGAAGAACCAGGACCAACAUCUGCUGGUGCUGUGUGACACCUGCAAGCUCUACUACCACCUGGGCUGCCUGGAGCCACCACUAACACGCAUGCCCAAGAAGACCAAGAACAGCUACUGGCAAUGCUCCGAGUGUGACCAGGCCAGCAGCGAUGAGGCCGAUAUCGCCAUGGAGACACUACCAGACGGUACCAAGAGGUCCAGGAGGCAGAUCAAAGGACCAAUCAAAUUCAUCCCACAGGAGAUGUCGCCAGAGCCCAAGAAACAUCAAGUGAGAGGCACGAGAACCAGAGGGCAGAAGAGGAAGAGGGUUCCCAUCUGUGAGGACAGAGAAGAUAAAAUCGAGGAACCACUGCCACGGGAACGCCGACAACGCCACUCUGCAAUGCAGAAAAAACCCAAAGGUGACGACACGAGGACUGAGUGUACAACCUGCAAAGGGUCGGGCGACAACGAAAACCUUGUGAGGUUGUGAGAGCCGGGGCAGCCACCUCACCCCCCCCCCAUAAAAACUCGGGACAGAUGACCGUUGGCUUAGAGACAGAGAGAGGCAAAUUGAAGCGUUUGAAGAAUGGCGCUCGAGUCAGGCUGAAGAUUGAGACCGUCACGCCGCCCCGCAGCCACCUCUGAUCCAAACUGGACCAACAACUGUCCAACGAAAAUUGAGCGGAACUGUCUGAAUCUAAAACAUGGAGUCAGUAACUUUUUGGUUAAUGUUGGACUGCUCUUUACACACUACGAGUAACUCGGUUGAUUCUUUUUGUGACCAAUUGUGGCUCAAGUUGCUUCUAUGCAAUUAUCUGCAUCAAAAAAGUGUUGACCAAGUAAGAAAAAGUUAUGUAUUUAUUCAAUUCAUGUAUUAAACCAUUUUUUUUUUCCAUUUUGGCAAUUCACGCAACACCUCUUAUUUGCUAGUUAGGUAGCAUUAAACAAAAAUAAGUAGAGAAUGAUUGAAGAGUUUACCAUGGCGCUAACUGUUGGAUGGGUCUGUCCCGAAUUUAAUUUGUAAGACAUUAAGUCCUGGUAUCUUCUUCAAAGAUCCCUUGAAAUGGUGUCUUUACUUCCUUAAUCUGAUGUAUUUCCUUUAGAAAUAGAAUGGUAGACAGUGAGGGAUGUAUCAGCUAGGGAGUACAAAUCAGUUUAUUUGAUAGGAUAGCAGAAUUCUUAGUUUUUUUGAUGAUAACAGUAUACCCACUAAUGAACCAUGGAGACCACUGAAGAUGCACUGUUUUCCAUGAAAAAGCAGCUUUCUAAAAAAGCUCAAGUGCCCAUUUAAAGAUGAUGUUAUAAACUGGAGGUUGAGAGUAACAAGUCCGUCCGAAGCGGACAAGCUUCUGGAUUGCUCGCAUUGGCAGCUGAGCUCUCUCUGUAGGAAAUGGAUGGAACAAGUGGAAUUGCUCUAACAGGCAGAAACCUGCUGCACUCAGUGGAUUUGUGCAUGUUCUGACUUUGGACGCUAUCCGGAAUAAUUCCUCUCUAUGCCUCUAGGUGCUCCCCUGCAUCCAACGUGUCUGUAUGGGAAUUAGAGCUGGGCGAUAUGGAGAAAAAAUCAAAUAUCACGAUAUUUUUGACCAAAUACCUUAAUGUCGAUAUUGCCACAAUAUUGUAAGGUUGACUAUUGGUGCUUUUACAAAAAAUUAACACAAUAAGAUUUUAGAUAAAUGAUCAUCAAUAAUGUGGAUACAAUGACUUAGUGGGUAAAGGCAAACAGAACAGCUAGAACAGUCUGGUAAGUUCAGAAAAUGACAUCACUUUACUGUAAUGCAGCCUUUAAAACCAGGAAAAGAUAACACUUCAGAACACGAUAUUACGAUAUCCAAAAUUUAAGACGAUAUCUGGUCUCAAAUAUUAAUGUCGAUAUAUUAUUGAUAUAUUGCCCAGCCCUAAUGGGAAUUAUUUUAGAUCAACUACUUUUUUUUCAUUGCUACUAGGCUGGUGACCUCCCCAUACAACCUCUCAUCAGUACCAAUCAGUAUUAUUGAUUGAGCCAUCUGCCACCCAAUCACCCUGAGCAUUUCAGUGUGGACUUGGUUAAUUACAAACACACUUGACCCCAGGCUUUUUCAGACUUGAGUGUUUUGCUGUGUGCUCUAAGUAAAUAGAGGGGCAGAAGCAUUAAGAAAAGUCAGUUUUGUGUAUAGAAAAGGCCAACUGUUUCUGGUGUAUCAAGUGUAGCAGAAUAUGAAUGCUACUAUAAAGUGUCUGUCGUAGAAAUAAACUAGUGUAGUUAGUGGUUAUAGCACUUAAAUAUUAGUCCAAAUGUCUUUCGUGUCUUUAGGCAUUUAGAAGUCUUCCUCUGUCUCCAUAUCUUAAAGUGACAGUUGAACUGACACGUCCUCAGAAAGAAGCCCAGCGUUGUCUCCGUGUCCCUGGGGGCCUAUAGUCAAUGCUGUCAAAACAACAGCUGCUUGCUGCUCUGUCAGGGCUCCUGACAAGUGUCACAUUCUGCCCUCAUGUCACUCUGUUGCCUGUACAGGGCUCUAUAUGCAUGCUUUUGGGAGCAGUCAAACCCGUGCAGUUCACCGCUUUCUGCUUCUCCAGACAAUUGUGUCCAGAUACAACACCACACUGGGUUUGUCUUUAGAGACGGGACCUCAGUGCAGAGUGACUUGCUGACUCCUGACCAGUCCUUUCCCGUCACUUAUACUCAGUCAGUCUCAAAGACUGCAUGUCAGUUCUACAAUGCAUGGCUGUAUGUAUUUAUCCAGAUCUGUACAGUAAUUUUAAAACUGAAAACAAGUGAUGUGGUCUUGUAGAAUUUGAAUGCCAAGUAGCUAUGUAGUGUGACAAUGUGUACAGUAUUUAUUGAAGAGGCCAAACAUACAUUUUUGUGCCUACAUACUUGAUUAUAUAUCAUAAGCUUGUGUUGUGAACAGAGUUGAACUCUGAUUUGUGAUGUAGUCUUAAAGCGACUACCAUGCUUUCUUUUAAUUGCCAAACAUUUGUUCACGUUUGUUUACACCCAUGCUUUUUAAGGGAAUAUUUCUGAUGAUGUAAUGUGUUCCUGUGAUACUGUAUGAAGUAAGAAUGUGAAUGUCGCUGCUGUUGUGUAUGUGAAGUGUCUCAGCCUCUGGCCUAUAGCUCUUUAAAAUUAAGCGGAGCUUUAAUAAACUCUUGACUUUUUCACCUUA